CGAUCACUUCAGCCCAAUUAUAUCCAUUUAUCAAGAGAUAUAAUUGUUCCAGAUUAUCCACCUGGACCAUCAAAUAUGCCUUAGGUUUGGAAUAUCGUUGGACAAUUAUUAACUUUGUAUCGAAAUCAAGCAAUCAAAUUUUAUCGUUGACAAUGGACUACUUCUUAUCUAAACCCGGAGAGCUAAUUAACAUAGGAAUAAUUAACCCGGAAAAAUUGCGAAGUAUGUCUUCCACGCCUGGAGGCAUUCGUAAGACCGUGAUAAUCGACGACAUCGGAAAUCCCUUGUAUUUUGGACAUUUGGAUCCAAGACAAGGCCCCAUUGAUUAUUUUUCAAGAUGCCAAACUUGCUCAAAAAGCUGGAUCAAUUGUAACGGUCAUUUGGGUCAUAUUGAAUUGGUUAGACCGGUUUUUCGAGUUAAAUAUUUUUACUGGCUAAUUAGAAUUCUACAUUGCGUUUGCUUCAGAUGUUCUAGACUGCUAGUGAGCCCUAAUGAUCCCAGGGUAAAGGACAUUUUUUCGAAAAGAGUUAUUGAUUCGAACGAAAGGUUGUUAUUAUUAUAUGAUUUAUGUAUAAACAUUGAUAUUUGUGAUGGAGGCGAAAAUAAUCUCGAAAGAAAUUCUCUUGAAGAAGGUUCCUCGGAUUCAUGGGCACCAUAUUCAAGUCACCAGGGUUGCGGCGCUUAUCAACCAAGGAUUUGGCGGUCAGGUUUCGAUUUGAUGGUUAAAUGGAAAGUUCCUAACAGUCCCGAAGAAGAGGGAAAGCAAACCUUGACGGCUGAACGUGUACGCAAAGUUAUGAUGUAUGUCCCUGACGAAGACUACACGGCUAUGGGUUUUGAUCUUGGGCGCAUACAUCCGCUUUGGCUUAUAAUAACCGUGUUGCCAGUGCCUCCUAUCAACGGUGUUACUGCGAUAAAUUUUUUCGAGUUCAACAGAGAUUACGAUAAUGUGAUUAAAGAAGUGUGUAGUAUCAUCAACUUAAAUAAUGAAAUAAUCCGUAACGAAAAACCGGAAUUCCGAAACAACGAAGAUUCCGAUCUUAUUUUGGCCCAAAUUGUUAAGUCUAUAGAAUUCCACGUAGCAAGUAUGUUUCAAGAUCUUCCGAAUACAGAUCGUCUCGGCACUCUCAGUUGUUCGCGCAACCUCGUCACUACAUUGUGCGAACCGUCUAAUUCGUCGUCGUUCGUUCGGACGUAUUAUACGAGGAGUACUACGCUGUCCAUUGGCAGUAGCAAAUCUUCGAUGUACGACCUCCCGGAGGUGUCAUACAGCCCGUUGUCGCCCAUCGUUCCAGGUUCGUCCUCCAGCGGACCUCAGUCGCCCAGAUCGAUGGACUUGCGCGGGUCUUAUUCGAUAGAUAACAUCAAUAACAAUAACAUUGCACCGUCUCCGUCGUACAGUCCAUCGUCUCCGUCAUACAGUCCAAUGUCUUCGGCUUACAGUCCAUCUACGUUUCCGUCAUGUAGCCCGACAUCUUCGUCGUGCAGUCCAGUGACGUCUGCGUCGCGCAGUCCAGUGACGCCUUCGUCGCGCAGUCCAGUGACGUCUAGAUCGAGCAGCCCUAUCCCUGACGACGAUCUUUAGAACGCAAAAUUCGACGUUACCUCCGAUCGACGGUCCAAUAUAAAAUGCAUACCAACGAUAUUUGAUCUCAACCGAUGUAUAACUACUGCGUUUUUGUUUCAUUUCAUU